ACCGGUGUGAUUUGAGUUGCUCCCCCUACUGUAUCAACAAAUGUGAUUCUGCUAAUGGAAGUUGUACGUGCAGGUACAACAGGACAGGGAAAAACUGUGCAGGUAGGAAUGGUCUCGUCUCUCUUUGUAUAGUUUAUUGUUGUCUUAGAGUGGGAGCAGCGGCUGAGCAGACGAUUUUGUAUUUAAAUACAUAU